AGUUUCCCAUGGAAAUGCAUACUGCCUUCUUUGUCUUUCACUCUCUCUGUCUCGCUGAAAUACAUCAGAUACAUGCUUUCAUCUUCAAUGUCAAACAGUGCGUACACAUGUUGUAAUGUGCAUCACGCUCCGUGUACGCACUCCUACUCUGGACAGCUAACUGUUUUCCAUGAAGUGUCCUGAUGCAAUUUGUUGAGGCUCCAGUUGGUCUUUGCUGAAGUUAUCUUGAUGAGAGUGAACCAGUUUGAGUCAGAGGGUCUGUGAUGAAUGGAAAGACAAGGCCGCAACCUGACACAAACUUAGGGGUCCUUAGAAGACUUCUAGCUCAUCUUCAAUUUCUCAGAAUCAGCAAAGCAGCUCCCCGUGUGUGUGUGUAUGUGUGUGUGUGCGCGUAUGCGUGAGAGAGGCACUAUGCAGUUGGAGCUCCACACACACAGAGCAUGCCUGUGAGUGCGGGCUCGGGCAAACAUGAGCCUUCCCAGCCCAGAGAUCGUCCACAGCAGCAGCCUGAACUCCCGUCUGAGCCCCCCUCUGCCCUCCCCCUCUCUCUCCCUCUCUCGCUGCCUCUCUCUCUCCCUCUCCUCAUCUACUCUCGCCCUGCGCAGCCUCUUCCCCGCCACCUCUCCAGCACCAGCCGGGGGGACAGCUCCCGCUCUCCGCACGCCGACGUUUGCAGAGCGCCGGACGGCCCCAUGGAGGAACCCCAGGGCAACACACUGGUCGUCCGCAUAGGCAUCCCUGACCUGCAGCAAACGAAAUGCAUGAAAUUUAAUGUGGAGUCACCCAUCUGGUUGUCUAAACAACGAAUCCUCUGCACACUCAACCAGAGCCUGAAGGAUGUGCUAAACUACGGACUCUUCCAGCCUGCAUACAACGGCAAAGCCGGAAAGUUCCUGGAUGAGCAACGCACACUGAAGGAAUACCCACUUCCCGACAUCUCUCCUGUCCCAUACCUUGAGUUUCGCUACAAGAGACGAGUGUACACACAGACCCACCUGGAUGAAAAACAGCUGUCGAAACUUCACACUAAGGCUAACUUGAAAAAGUUUAUGGAAUAUGUUCAGCAAAGGAACGUUGAGAAGGUAUCAAAGUUUCUGGAGAAAGGUCUUGACCCAAACUUCCAUGACCCAGAGACCGGAGAAUGUCCGUUGACGAUGGCGUCGCAGCUGGAAGGCUGUGCAGAGCUCAUAAAGGUUCUGAAAAAUGGAGGAGCUCACCUGGAUUUCAGGACCAGAGACGGCAUAACUGCCCUUCACAAAGCAGUCCGCACCAAGAACCACACGGCACUUAUUACGCUGCUGGACUUGGGCGCCUCUCCAGAUUACAAGGACAGUCGUGGCCUGACUCCUCUGUAUCACAGCUCUAUGGUGGGGGGUGACCCGUACUGCUGCGAGCUCCUGCUGCAUGAUCACGCUCAGGUGGGCUGCAUGGACGAGAACGGCUGGCAGGAGAUUCACCAGGCUUGCCGUCACGGACAUGUGCAGCAUCUUGAACACCUGCUGUUCUAUGGAGCAGACAUGAGCGCUCAGAACGCUUCUGGAAACACUGCCCUGCACGUGUGUGCUCUCUAUAACCAGGAUAGCUGCGCAAGAGUGCUGCUGUUCAGAGGGGCGAAUAAGGAGAUUAAGAACUACAACAGCCAAACUGCCUUCCAGGUGGCUAUUAUAGCUGGGAACUUUGACCUGGCAGAAAUUAUAAAGACUCACAAAGCAUCAGAUGUUGUGCCUUUCAGGGAAACGCCUUCCUACACAAAUCGCCGGCGCGUGACUGGAGGCGACACUCUGACAUCAUCACGUUCGCUGCCUCGCUCCGCCUCCGACAACAAUCUGAACAACGUGGCUGACUCCGGCCCCGCCCACUCCCCCGUGCCGUCUCUGAGGAGCCUGCCCCCUUUGGCACACUCUGGGAUCGACACGGCGGCCGACGGCAGCCUGCAGAGCACAGGCAGCUCACUUUCCUCACACUCCCGCUCGCCCUCCCUCCAGCGCGUCACCGAGGAGUCCGGCACGCACGCAGUACGCCGACACACGCCCCUCACGCACUCCCACAGCCGGGGACGCCUCAGCCCGGGGACGGUCCAGCGGGACCCCAGCCCUCCUCCCGCGGGGCCCUCGCACACACUCUCAGGAGCCCGGGGCCCCAAACGGAAACUCUACAGCGCCGUGCCGGGGCGCACCUUCAUCGUGGUCAAACCGUACACACCGCAGGGAGAGGGAGAGAUCCAGCUGAACCGCGGAGAGAGGGUCAAAGACUACCACUCAAACGCAGUGGAAGUGUUAAGUAUAGGAGAAGGGGGAUUCUGGGAGGGCACUGUAAAAGGAAGAACUGGUUGGUUUCCUGCAGACUGCGUGGAGGAGGUACAGAUGAGACAGUUUGAUCCUCGACUUGAGACGAGAGAGGAUCGAACUAAGAGGCUGUUCAGACAUUACACUGUGGGCUCCUACGACAACUUUACCUCAUACAGUGAUUACAUCAUCGAGGAGAAGAACGCUGUGCUCCAGAAGAAAGAGAAUGAGGGAUUCGGCUUUGUCUUGCGAGGAGCAAAAGCGGAGACACCCAUUGAAGAGUUUACACCCACACCUGCCUUUCCCGCACUGCAGUACCUGGAGUCUGUGGAUGUUGAGGGCGUGGCCUGGAGGGCGGGGCUAAGGACUGGCGACUUCCUCAUUGAGGUGAAUGGUGUAAACGUGGUAAAAGUGGGACACAAGCAGGUGGUGUCACUCAUCCGGCAGGGAGGAAAUAGCCUCCUGAUGAAGGUGGUGUCAGUCACACGCAAGCCAGAGUCUGAGGAAUCAGUCAGGAAGAAGGCACCCCCGCCUCCAAAAAGAGCGCCCAGCACCACCCUUACCUUGAGGUCCAAAAGCAUGACUGCUGAGCUCGAAGAGCUAGCCUCUGCAAGGAGGAGAAGAGGGGAAAGGCUAGAUGAGAUUUUGGCCUCUCAGGAGACAGUACUGAGGCCAAAGGUAGAAGCAGACUACAGAGCAGCCACGGUGAAGCAACGUCCUACCAGUCGCCGAAUGACACCAGCAGAAAUCAGUUCUCUUUUUGAGCGGCAAGGACUUGCUCUUCAUGGUGCUCUUCACCCAGCGUUGGAAAAAGCCCACAUGCAGCUGCCGAAAAGCAUGGCUAGGACAAAGUCUUUUGGAGCAACUGAAGAGGAUCGACUAUCUGCCCUGGCAGCGGAACACAGGUUUCCACGGAGCUCCUCCAUGACAGACAGCCUGAGAGACAGCCAUAGUAUUCCUCCACCUCCCCAAACGGCUCCCCCACCUCCCCCGUCGCUUUACUAUCUAGAUACUGGACCCCCUCCUUCGUUCUGCCCACCCCCUCCCCCUGGCCGCAUUUAUGACCCCAGCCGUUCCAGUUUUAAACCAGGCUCUGAACCGAGACUGCACGCUUUGCCACAGACAAUGUCCGCUGAGCUUUUUGAGCCGCCUCGCCAUGCCUCCCACAUGGAUCGGCAGAAGAAAGCCCGCUCCAUGAUCAUUCUGCAGGACUCUUCCCACCUCCCUGUGGAGCCUACUGACAUCCCCAGGCCAGGUGCUGUCUCAACUCCGCCCGAGAGGAUCAAACGGAAAGGUCGAGUCAUCGAUAACCCCUACGCCAAUGUGGGCCAGUUCAGCGUAGGCCUGUUCGCACCGCCUCCCAGCAAGCCACAGCGGAGGAAGAGCCCACUUGUAAAGCAACUGCAGGUGGAAGAUGCUCAGGAGAGAGCCUCACUAGCACUGGCAUCCAUCCAUGCGAGAGAGCACUCUCCCUCUGGGCGCCUAGCUGCCCACCACACCAGCAGGGCUGAUUUCUAUCAGCAGCAGCAGCAGCUGUUGAAGGAACGCAGUCAAGCUCAAGCUGAGGGAAUGUUGCAAGGAAAAGGACCUUUUGCUGCUGCAAUUGCUGAUGCUGUGAAAGACCGGGAACGUCGUCUGGAGGAGAGGCGGAAAUCCACAGUCUUCCUAUCAGUGGGCACUAUGGAGGGCAGUUCAGCACCACCCCCAGAGGCCCCCUCACUCACACCAUCACGUUCUGUCGAUGAACGAAUGCUCACACGUGAACUUGGUCAGUUGCCUCCUCCCGCCUUGGCAUUGCGUCCCUCUCCUGGGGGCACCACCUUCAUUCACCCACUGACGGGCAAGCCCCUGGACCCCAACUCUCCAUUGGCACUUGCGCUGGCCGCAAGGGAACGAGCAUUAACCUCCCAGAGUCAGUCCCCUUCAAGCAGCCCUGAGCCCAGAACUAAACAUGAAGCUGCUGGAGGGGUGCUGUAUAUGGAGACCCAGACCAAAGAGGCUGAGCGGUCAGAGGGUGAGGGGGAGUUCGCCUCACCUCCCUUUUCUCCUGCGGCAAAAAGAAUUUACGAGUCCUCCGCCCCCACCAGCAAAAUUCAGUGGGGAAGUCCCAUAUCCACCAGGAAAGAGUUAGAAACAAGGACAGAAAGGAAGGAGGAGAGGAAAAUUGAGGACAAGAAGAGUAUGAUCAUCAGCAUCAUGGACACAUCUCAGCAGAAAACUGCUGGGCUUAUCAUGGUUCAUGCAACGAGUAAUGGGCAGGCCGUGGGGCCCAGCCCAGAGCACAGUGUCCCCUCUCCUAAGGGGGCUUUGUCAGAGAGCCCAAAACCCAUGCUGGCUGAAAUAAAACGCGCCAAGUCCCCUGGUCCUGAUGCUCCUUCGAUAUCAACCCCACCUCCAGCCACAGCUCCAGCUUCCCAGCCAUCUCCCGGCCCUGCCUCAGAUAAAACUCUGGCUCAGGGUAGUUCAGAGGAAGAUGUUGAACCCUACACGGUCACCUUGCCACCUGCCAUGCUGUCCUCCAGUGAUGAGGAGACGCGAGAGGAGCUCCGUAAAAUUGGUGUGGUUCCUCCACCGGAUGAAUUUGCCAAUGGCCUUCUUGGAAAGACACCUGAAACUGCAGUACCUCCUGUUCCUACGUUGGUGCAGACAACCCCUUCUGCCCUUCCCUCAGCUCCACCCCCACCCCCUGCCCCUCCAGCAGCGGUCGCCGCAGCAGCACAGGUCCCUGCUAGCAGUGGCCCGCAAGCAGCCUCAGGGAAGCCAUCUGAGUCCCACCUGGGCCCAGAGUCUGCUGCUGACUCCGGAGUGGAAGAAGUAGACACUCGUAGCUCCAGCGAUCACCACCUGGAGACCACGAGCACCAUCUCCACUGUCUCCAGCAUGUCUACACUGUCCUCGGAAAGCGGCGAGCCCACGGACACCUACACCACCCACGCAGAUGGCCAGACGUUCAUUCUUGAUAAGCCGCCAGUGCCUCCAAAGCCAAAGCUCAAGUCCCAGCUCAGCAAGGGCCCGGUGACAUUCAGGGACCCCCUGCUUAAGCAGUCAUCUGAUAGCGAACUGCUCUCACAGCAGCAUGCUGCUGCGCUGGCUGCUGCUGCGGGAGCCUCAGGCCCGGCCAGACCCCGCUACCUCUUCCAGAGACGCUCCAAGUUGUGGGGGGACCCUGUGGAACCCCGUCCGCUUUCGGGGGCAGAGGAAGGCAAGCCCACUGUGAUCAGUGAGCUCAGCUCACGGCUGCAGCAGCUGAACAAGGACACACGCUCACUUGGGGAAGAGCCACUUGGAGCUUCACUUGACCCCGGAAGGAAAUCGCCCGUGGUUGGUGCAAGACUCUUCAGCAGUUUGGGGGAGCUCCAUACUAUCUCUCAGAGAGGCUACGGCACCACCUACACCAUCAGACCAGGCAGCCGCUACCCAGUGACCCGGCGGACGCCCAGCCCUGGUUCCCCGGACCGCUCGGAUCCUCUGGGACCCAUCCGGGGCUUUGGUCUGGCCACUUCCCCCAUCACACCCCCCACCAUCCUUAAGUCGUCUAGCCUCAGUCUCCCUCAUGAACCGAAAGAAGUGCGUUUCGUCAUGAGGAGCUCCAGUGCGCGCAGUCGCUCUCCCUCUCCCGCCCCCUCACCAGGCAUGCCCUCCCCCCUGCUCGCACUUCGGCCGUUCCACCAGAAGCCCCUCCACCUGUGGAACAAGUAUGACGUGGGUGACUGGCUGGCCAGCAUAAACCUUGCUGAACACCGGGAGCGAUUCCAAGAGCAUGAGAUUGAGGGCUCCCAUCUGCCCGCUCUGACCAAGGAGGACUUCGCUGAGCUGGGCGUGACGCGCGUCGGUCAUCGCAUGAACAUUGAGCGCGCUCUUAAACUGCUGCUGGAGAGUUGACCAUGCGCCUCCCUCUGCCUGUAGCUAGUCUCGACACAGUUUUCUUUUUAUUUUCUUAUUUGCUUGUCUUUUUAUUUUUCUUAUGAUUCUUGAGCUUUAAAGCAAAAGUGUGUCAUUUCAAUGUUAAAGGGACAGUUCACCCAAAAAUGAAAAUUUGUCAUCAUUUACUCCCCCCUCAAGUUGUUCCAAACCUGUAUACAUUUCUUUAUACUAUAUACAUUCUCUGCUGUACACAAAGGAAGAUAUUUGAAAGAAUGUUUGUAAGCAAGCAGAUCUCGCCCCCCAUUGACUAUCAUAGUAUUUUUUUCCUUCUAUGGUAGUCAAUGGGGGGUGAGAUCUGCUUGGCUACAAACAUUCUUCCAAAUAUCUUCCUUUGUGUUGAGCAGAACAAAGAAAUGUAUACAGGUUUGAAACAACUUGAGGGUGAGUAAAUGAUGACAAAAUUUUCAUUUUUGGGUGAACUAUCCCUUUAAAAUACAUUCUCCUUUCCCAGCUUAAUAUUACCCUCAAAAUAUUGCUCUGUUCAUUUGAGCAUCCCAACCAAUCUGACACACCAAUAUUGGCAGUGUUUGUACAACCAAUGUCACAUUUGGAAACAAUUUGAAUGCAAUAAUUAUUUUUGCAGUUUCUGAUUGGCACAAAAAUGACACACUUCAGCUUUAAAUAAUCCCACUAUUUCCUAAAUCUAUCAUUGGUGGAGUGGGUGUUUGCUCCAUGCCAUUUUUGUAGCACUAUCCUAAGCCCCUCCCACAUCACUGCCAGCAUCUAAUCACAUGGGUGCGCUGUGAGUUUGGGAGGGGCUGCAAUCGAAUUGGCUUUGUUCACACUGCACACAAAUCCAGUCUUUAGGACUGACUGAUGAAAUCAGAUACACUUUUCAGGCACACUCUAAAAAAAUAACUUGGAAAAAAAAAAAAAUUACACAGUACUGUUUUCCAUUGAAACAGUAAUAUGCCGUAAAAACUGGAUUCUGGGUAAUAAUAUUUGUUGGUUUCAAGAAAGUAACCUAUAGGAUACUUUCUCGAAAACAACAAAUAUUACUCAGAAUGCAGUUUUUACAGUAUAUUACUUGUGUAUAUUACAAUGCAUUCUGGGUAAUAUUAUUUGUCAUUUUCGAGAAAGUAGCCUAUAGGCCUCUUUUCUUAAAGCGACAAAUAUUACCCAGAAUGCAUUGUUUUUAUAUGGUAUAUUACUGUUUCAAUGGAAAAUGGUAUUUUACUAUGUAAAUUUGUUUCAUUUUUUUACAGUUAUUUUUUAAACUAAAAGUGUUGCACAUGUUUGUCAUGGAUUCUUGCCGUGGUGAUUCAUUGAAUUCAUUGAAGUAUUUUAUACAUUUUUGGCAAAUUCUAAAAUCACUCAGUUGUUCACUCAUUUACUAUUCACUAUAUAGUUGACGAAAUUGAGGGUAUACAAAUUUCAUCGUGAAUUAGGAAAAACUACUUUAAAUUCACACUGCGUUUUAAUCCGAUUUACCUACCACCUACAGAACAAAUGUAGUUUGAAAAUUUGAUUUUGUUUUUUUGCUGUCCAAACUACAAAAAUACACCAAAACUUGUGUUUGUCUGAACAAAGUCCAUGCAGAACAUCUCAUAAUUGAUUCUUCAGUUUUAUUAGCAUGAUAAGCACCCACUAAUCCCUUAGUCCCAAAUCCAUUUUUUUCCCACUUUACUAUCUGCUUCUUACCACUGCAUCAUUAAUCCAGAAAAAGGAGGGAUGCUGUUGAGAAAAGGAUGUUCAGUUGCCUUUCAGAGUAUUUUUUUAGGAGUGGAUGAGCAGACUGGGCGUGGCCGGAUCCUCUCUGUCUACCGCCUGCCCCCUUCUGGCUGAGGGACGUACUACACUCGGAGAAUGUUUAACCAAUACUAGUGGCUUUUUUUUCAUAAUCAGACUCUUACUUUGGGUUUCCAAAGGAAAUAUGACAUUAGAUAGAAUAUCUCAAUGUAUUUAAAUAGCUUUGAAAAUGGAGAGGGACAGCAAACAAGAUGGACCGUGCAAAACUGCACCUGUCUCUCUCCCUAGAUGAUUUAUUCCACUAAUAAUUUACUCAUUUUUACCAAUUAUAUACAUAUAUAUUUGACAGAAAAAAGUAUAUAGAUAUAUGAAUAUAACAUUUUUGUCAUAAAUAUAAAACUUAUAUAUGAUAUUAUAUAUAUAAAGACAAAAAACACUCUUGAAAAUGAUUUUUUGAUGGUUAUCCUUUUAUGAUGGACUGUAGCAUGAAACGUUACAUCACCAUAUGGAAUGACGGUUGACUGAUUUGUUUGAUUUGCAUUGUACCACCCCCUUUUUUGCUUUUGUUUGUUAUAGUUUUACAGAACCUGGUCUUCCAUCUUUAAUUGAACAUCCCACAGUGGGGUGUAACGGUGUGUGUUCACGUUUGAGCCCUUCACACAGACCACUUUUGUUAUUUUUCGUUUGUAAUUUUUCAUAUAAAACAAAACAAAAAAAGGGUUCCCAAUACAGUUACACGUUUCAUGCACACAACCACACUAGUUUCUUAUCCAAAUGUGACUUUGCUAAAUCAAAAGUCUUCUUAAUCUGGUAAUAAGAAAUUCUGAAUAAGAAACUCUGCAAUAAGUGUGCGUGUAAGCGAGUGUGUAAACAAAUGUGUGUGAGGUGUGCAUGACAGAACCACUGUGGGACCAGAAACAUCUGUAAUAUUGCAGCUUAUCUGGAUGGUAAUGACUGGUGUUCGACGUCUCAUAAAGAAACCAGAAGACAGAAUCUAUAAUUGUAAAAGUUUCCACCGUAUGGCUUAUAUGGUAACCUGCUGUAAGCAGCAUUUGGCUUAUUUGUUUUGGCCUUUUUUUAUUUCUUUAUUUAAUGUUAUUUUUUCUCUCUCCUCAUAGGUGGAUUUUGUAGCUUGUGAAAUAUGAUGCUUAGAAGAAUUUUUAUGAAUUCAUUUAGAAUGAAUUUUAGAAUGACAAUUAUUUAAAAGAUGACGCUAAGGACAAAAGAUUUAAUGAAAAUACAAUCAAUCAAAAAAAAAAAAAAAGCCCAGAGAUCCUGCAGCUGUACAUAUGGUCAAAUGACUAAAAUAUUUGCUUUUUAUAUCAAUCACAAGCAAUGUACAUACGAUAGUUUUCAUAUAAAUUUUUAAAAAUCAAAAAAUAUAUAGAUCUAUAUAUGAAUGUUUGGCAUAUAUGCAUAGUUAACCACCUGUCAAAAAAGGUGAAGAUUUUACUCUUUGUAUGGAGUUUGGGGGUGAUUUGCACAAAACAAGGUGCUAGCAUUUCAAGCCAUUCAUUCCCACCUGUCUGAUUCUACCCUCCAUUAGGGCUCAACAGAUGCAUAUGACCCGUUUAAAUAUUUAAAACGAAGCCUGGGACACAGACACACUGAUGUUCAUUUCUAUUAUGUGCGCCAUCAGUCCUGUUCAGUCUUGUGUGUUUUCUAAACAGACUGUGACAGCAGAAAGAGUUAAUGCUUCACCAUUGGUCAUCUAAAAUUAGUCCGCAUUCAAACAGCCAAGGAUGACAACACCCUCUCAGUGCUUCAUCAGAUAAGUGUUCUCGAUGACACGCCAGUAACACUGUGUAGGAAAGCCCCUUCCGUAGGAGCAGCAUUGACUCUGAGUAGAUGCCAUAUUUGUCUUGACAUGAAUAAAAAUGAAUCUUUGAGCGAAUGAAGUACAGCCUGUUCACACUGCAGCUAAAUACGGAUGUCACUCCUCUUCUUAAUCCCAUUCUGUACACACAGUUAAAUAUAGGAGUGGCAUUCUACAACUGAAUGAAAAAUCAAUUGUGAAUUUAGGUGUUACAGCAUUAUGAGAAAUGGAUAUUAAUUUUGGGAUUUGCAAAAUAUUACAUUUAACACUAAUUAAUUUAUUACUGUUUUUAAAGAUUAAUUAGACAGCAAAGGUAAUCUAAUAUAUAUAAUUAUAUAUAUAUAUAUACAGUCAAACCAGAAAUUAUUCAGACACUAGAUAUAUUACUAGAUGUAAUAUAGGUAUAUAGUUCAUUUAUGUAAGUGAGGAUAGCAAAAUAAAGUAAACUGUGACAUAUUAUACCAGUAAAAUUGAUAAAAAUUUGGGACAUUUUGACCUGACCAUGUUUUGCUUAAGUGUUAUCUGACAUAAUUAAGAUUAAUUUUUUCUGACACAGUUUAACUCUGAGAUCUUGUCAUAUUUUAUUACCAUUUUUGAAACUAUAGUGAAUAGUGUGUAUAUAUAUAUAUAUAUAUAUAUAUAUAUAUAUAUACUAGCACUAGCUUUUCUUUUUUUGGAAAGAAAUUAAUACUUAUUCAGCGUAUUGAUCAAAAGAUUUCUAUUCCAAAUAAAUGCUGUUCUUUUAAACUUUCUAUUCAUCAAAGAAUCCUCAAAAAAAAAAAAAAUGUAUCAGCAGCGCAACUGUUUUCAACGUUGAUAAUAAGAAAUAUUAGAAUGAUUUCUGAAGGAUCAUGUGACACUGAAGACUGCAGUAAUGAUGCUGAAAAUUCAGCAUUCAGCUUUAGCAUAAAUUACAUUAUAAAAUGUAUUAAAUGUAAUAAAAAUGUAUUUGACAAUAUUACUGAAUUUACUGUAUUUCUGAAAAAAAAGCACUGACCCCAAACCUUAAAUGGUAGUGUAUAUAUAAUAUUAAUUGAUACCCAUACUUUUUUUUCUGAUAUGGUGUCUAGUGACCUUGAUGUUGAUUUUUUUCCUCUGAUUGAUAUUGAAAAUAUAUACAUUUCCAGCAGAAAUUAAGGGUUUUGAAAAUAGACCUAUGACCUAUGACCUUAAGACAGUACAACUUUGAACAGACUGUACUUUUAUCACCUCAUAGCCUCAUUUGUGCUAAUGUACCAUAAAUAUGGUGGUUACUCUGACUAAAGUUUAUUCCCUCAUCUUGGAUGCUAUUUUCUGCACGAAAAUCAUUUAGCUCAUUAACAGAAAUCCUGACCUCCCCUCCUAAAACAGCUGCUCUGCAUUAAUCCAUCAGUCUGUUUGACUGUACAAGGGCUUGAAUGAAGGUGUUGAGGGGCCAUUUGGAGUCAGGCCCCUACUGAUAACUGUGAAUUACUUACUGUAUAUGUCCUCCAAUGCAGACAAGCGCCGACCCUACCAUUCAGAUCCAAAUACACGCACACAGAUUCCUUAUUAAAUCCCCAGUUAGCUUUUGCAUAAAAUCUCCCAGAAAUGCUGGAAAAUUUCGAUUUAGAGAUGACCUAUUUAAUUUCCCCAUCCUGCUGAAAAUCAUGCCCCUCCCUUUAGCUUAUCCAGAAGAACAAAAGCAAGCGUGUGUAUGUUUUUGUGAACGUCGUCCCACUCUGGAGACUUGGAACUGCAUUUCUGAGCCAUAUGUACCAGUUUUCGUCCUCUCAUCUUCUGAUAACUCGCGAGCUGUGAUUUUCGUUCACUUUCAUCUUUCAUAUUGAUUUUAUGUCAUGUACAUUAUAUUAUAGUUGUUCUAGCAGGAGAUGAAAGGACAUGAAGAGAAAUGAACAAAUGUGCCAAAAAGUAAUUAUCGUUUUUUAGCGUUUCUUUGAGGUUUGUAGAGAAUUAAAUGCUGUUCGAACCAGCACUAUGGUGCCACCUCCUGGAAAUCUUGAGACUACAGACAUCUCGUAUUUUCCUUUUUCUUCUCUUUGUUUUCCCCAAAUAUAUGAGUUUAUACAUUUUUGUGUUUUUCAGUGAUUUACAUAUGUGGCCCGAUUUAUUGAAUUUCAUGGGUUCAUGUCUGGAUUUAAGAAUCUGUUCUGUUUGGCUUGAAUUCCAGUAAGUCAAUUAGUGACUGACUUAAACAUUCGUGGACACUCUCCCUGACCUUUGCCCUUUACUUUCCCCCAAUGUAGCGCAGACAUCAGGGGUUCUGCAUAUUUAACGAGAAUGAAAAUUGCAAAUGAUUUCUUUGUAAUUUUACUCAACCAAUGGCAGGACGAAACAUGAAAUAAACACAUCAUUCACAUGA